ACGAACACUUGAAUGUUGAAGAACCAAAACAAAUCCAUGUGAGAAGGCAAAAUAAUUACAUAAUUUAUUUUCUCUCAUCGCAUUUUUGUACACCAGCGGAAUUGUUUUACUUAACAAAGUUAAAUUGCCUCUGGAGAAAGCAUGAGUCUAGUCAAAUUACUUCCCUAUAACCUGCAACGAUUCAUGCGUUUGGUUCAUAGAAAGGAAAUGUGUUGUUUGAGAAGAGAUUUGCAACCAUUUUGCACCGAAGCUGUCAAAAUUGAAACAAAAAUUGAAAGAAAAUUCAAUUUUGUUGAGGAAAAUGGAAUUCUCAAGCGCAUUAACAGGAGUACAGUAGAACAACUUGUUAAUUUGUCGUUUGAUUUCUAUGAAGCAGAAGAAUUGAAAAAAUAUCGCAAGGAGAAUGGACCUUUUCGGAAAAUCAAGGAUUUAUUGAAUAUCCCCUUGAUGACUGAAGAGAAAGUUGAUUCAAUCUGCAAUUUGAUAGCAGAGGAAAAUGAGGAAAAAAAUGCCAAAUACAUUGCAAAUAUCCUGACGCCAAAUUUUCCAUCGGAAAACACUAUUAAAAUUCAAGACAUGGUUGGCAUCAUUAUUGGCGUUGACUGCAGCAUAUCCUGGGCCCACUUGACAAGAGAUUGGAAACUCAACGAUUGGGGACAGACGUCUUGUUUGGGGGCCAAGAAAAAAUUGUCUGCCCAUGAGAUAUUCGAGGCUGUGGUCGAAGCGUGUAAAACUAUCCCAGAGAGUGAUAUCUAUCUUCUUGAAAGUCUGCCUCAUCUAAUGCCACAACAGGCCUACGUUCAAACAUACAUUGAGCGAAAAGAGGUGCAAGCUAUGCUGUUGGCGCUUUUGAACAACAGACAGCCCGACAGAAAUAAAUUAUUUUUUAUGAAGUCAAAAUUUCCUACAAAACUAUUCAACAUUAAGGUUGGAAAUGAAAGGAUUUCCUCAAGACCGUUGGUGACUAAAUUGCUGGACGGUGAAGCUAUCGGGGAAAAGAAUCCAGUCAGCUUGAAAGAUCUCGAUCCGAUGCUUUGCGAGCGAUUUUUCAAACUAUCAGGUGUUCAGCAAGAGGCUUACUCAAACGCCUUGAUUUUAUCGAUGACUUUCUUCAAACUCUUAGAAGCGCGGGCUUAAAUGAUGGAGGAGGGCGCCGCGAGUAUUGAUCUCCUCUGUUGGUCCGUGCAAGUGGUUGUUGCUCGUCGAAGGAAGGUGUACAAACGCGAGUGGUGAGUGUUGGUGGUGUGCAUUGGGCGAAAAGACCGAAAGUGUCGUUAGCGUCUCGUGCACACUCUGGUCGCGUAUUAUGCAGAUUCGAUGGAAAAACAAGGAGUCGUAGUCGUUGGCCAUGCAGCGCGCGGGGCCGAUCGCGAGGCAGGUGCAAUUCGCGGCGGCCACGCUCCGACGCCCUGUCAAUUUCCAACCUUGCACUUGGAGCGCGGACACCUAAAAAAAUAAACAAAUAAAAUGCUAAUAGAGAAAGAGAU